AUGGCAAGAAAGGCAAAAAGCGUCGCAGAUGAUGCUUUUAAUGAGCUCUUCAAACCAGAAUACAAGGGGAAACGACUAACUGACGAAAUCAACACGGCGGAGGAUAAGUGGAAUUUAUUGCCUGCAUUUUUGAAGAUUAAAGGAUUAGUUAAACAGCACUUGGACUCUUUUAAUUACUUUGUUGACGUUGACUUGAAAAAGAUCUUAAAUGCAAACUCCCUUGUUUUGUCUGAUGUUGAUCCUGACUUCUACGUGAAGUAUAUAGACAUCAGAGUCGGUCAUAAAUCUACGUCGCCACCAGGUACAAAGGAAGUGAUACUACCACCUCAUGAAUGUAGGUUGAGAGACUUGACCUAUAGUGCUCCAAUAUAUGUCGACGUUGAGUAUACAAGGGGAAGAAAGAUUAUAAGACAUUAUGACUUGGAAAUUGGAAGAAUGCCGAUUAUGUUGAGGUCCAAUAAGUGCAUGCUUGAUGGGAUGGAUGACAAAGCGAUGGCCCAGGUCGAUGAAUGUCCUUUGGACCCAGGAGGAUAUUUUAUAGUCAACGGUACUGAAAAAGUCAUCUUAGUGCAGGAGCAGUUGUCCAAAAACAGAAUAAUUGUUGAGGCCGAUGAAAAAAAGGGAAUAGUUCAAGCUUCAGUGACUUCCUCGACUCAUGAACGUAAAUCGAAAACAUAUGUGAUCACCAAGAACGACAAGGUAUAUCUCAAGCACAAUUCGAUAAGCGAGGACAUCCCCAUCGUGAUAGUUUUGAAGGCAGCAGGUGUUACUUCUGAUUUGGAAAUCUUGCAACUAGUCUGUGGUUCGGACCCAAACUACCAAGAUUUAUUUGUGGUUAACUUUGAGGAAGCUGCUAAACUAGAAGUUUUUACACAGCAACAAGCUUUGCUUUACUUGGGAAAGAGGGUAAAGACUAUCAGGAGAGCUGGUGCGCCAAAGUUAUCCCAAUUGCAGGAAGGUAUUGAGGCCAUUGCCACUACCAUCAUUGCACACUUGACUGUAUCCGACUUGCAGUUCCGAGAAAAGGCCUUAUACAUGGCAAUGAUGGCGAGACGUGUGAUAAUGGCGAUGCAUAAUCCAAAAAUGGUUGAUGAUCGUGACUAUGUUGGUAAUAAAAGAUUGGAACUUGCGGGUCAGCUAAUGUCCUUGCUUUUUGAAGAUUUAUUCAAGAAAUUCAACUCCGACUUUAAAGCAAACAUUGACAAGAUCUUAAAAAAGCCAAGUCGUACUUCAGAAUUUGAUGCACUAUUGUCUAUCAAUAUUCACUCCAAUAACAUCACUAUGGGCCUCAAUAGAGCAAUCUCCACAGGUAAUUGGUCGUUGAAACGUUUCAAGAUGGAAAGAGCUGGUGUCACGCAUGUGUUGUCAAGAUUGUCGUAUAUUUCAGCUUUGGGAAUGAUGACGCGUAUCUCAUCCCAGUUUGAAAAGUCGAGAAAAGUGUCUGGUCCACGUGCUUUGCAGCCUUCUCAAUUUGGAAUGCUUUGUACGGCGGAUACCCCUGAAGGUGAAGCCUGUGGGUUGGUCAAGAAUCUUGCGUUGAUGACCCACAUCACUACCGAUGAUGAAGAAGGACCUAUCAAACAGUUGUGUACCGCACUUGGUUGUGAGUCUAUCUUGGGGUUGGACUCGGCAACUUUACAUGUCGAAGGAAAUUUCGGUAUCUAUCUCAAUGGUACCUUACUAGGUACUACUCGAUUUCCUGUAAAGUUUGUAACAGACUUUCGUCGGUUAAGAAGAGCAGGGAAAGUGUCUGCAUUUGUGAGUAUUUACACCAAUACGCAUCAACAGGCUGUGCACAUUGCCACUGAUGGAGGAAGGAUCUGUCGUCCAUUGAUUAUUGUGGAGAACAACAAAUCCAAAGUGGAAGCCAAACAUUUGAGAAAGUUGUUGAAGGGCGAAUGGGAAUUUGAUGAUUUUUUGAAAGAAGGGUUGGUUGAAUACCUCGAUGUCAAUGAAGAGAAUGAUUCUUUGAUUGCGUUGUACGAAAAGGACGUUGGUGAGAAUCCCAAUGUAACCGUCACUCAUUUGGAAAUAGAGCCAUUCACUGUGCUAGGAGCUGUUGCAGGUUUAAUUCCAUAUCCUCACCACAAUCAAUCACCUAGAAACACGUAUCAAUGUGCGAUGGGUAAGCAAGCUAUAGGAGCUAUUGCUUAUAACCAGUUUAGAAGGAUUGACACUUUGCUUUACUUUAUGGUUUACCCACAACAACCUAUGGUUAAGACUAAAACCAUUGAACUUAUCAAUUAUGACCAACUACCAGCUGGCCAGAAUGCAACUGUUGCGGUUAUGUCUUACUCGGGUUAUGAUAUUGAAGAUGCUUUAGUACUUAACAAGUCAUCUUUGGAUAGAGGGUUUGGAAGAUGUCAAGUUGUGCGCAAGAAUACCGUUCAAUUGAAAAAGUACCCAAACCACACUAAGGAUAUUUUGUCAGGUAUGAGGGUGGAUGAGAAUGAUGAGCCUAUCUUUCCACACCAAGCUUUGGGUCCGGAUGGGUUGGGUGAAGUUGGAAGUAGAAUCGAAAAUGGACAAGUUUAUGCCAAUAAAUGUGUUCCAACCAACUCUGGAGACUCGACCUUGGGACAGCCUCAACAAGUGGAAAGUCAUAGGGAGGCACCGCUUUAUUACAAAGGUCCCGAACCCUCCUACGUUGACCAAGUUAUGAUGUCUGUGAGUGACAAUGAUCAAGCAUUGAUUAAGGUGUUACUUCGACAGACCAGAAGACCUGAGUUGGGUGACAAGUUCUCGUCAAGACACGGACAGAAAGGUGUUUGUGGUAUUAUAGUUCAACAGGAGGAUUUGCCUUUUAAUGACGAUGGUAUCUCCCCUGAUAUCAUCAUGAAUCCGCAUGGUUUCCCAUCUCGUAUGACGGUUGGUAAAAUGAUUGAGUUGAUAUCAGGAAAGGCUGGAGUAUUGAAUGGAUCAUUGGAGUAUGGUACUUGUUUUGGGGGCUCAAAAUUGGAAGACAUGUCAAAGAUUCUUGUUGAAAAGGGAUUUUCCUACUCUGGUAAGGAUAUGUUGUACUCUGGGAUUACAGGGGAGUGUUUGCAAGCCUAUAUUUUCUUUGGUCCAAUUUAUUAUCAAAAGUUGAAGCAUAUGGUGUUGGAUAAAAUGCAUGCGAGAGCAAGAGGUCCAAGAGCUGUGUUGACUAGGCAACCAACAGAAGGUAGAUCAAGAGAUGGUGGUUUGAGGUUGGGUGAAAUGGAGAGAGAUUGUGUUAUUGCAUAUGGUGCUUCUCAAUUACUUUUGGAGAGAUUGAUGAUAUCUUCCGAUGCAUUUGAAGUGGAUGUUUGUAACAAGUGUGGUUUGAUGGGAUACAACUCAUGGUGUACAACAUGUAAAAGCACGGAAAACAUCAUCAAAAUGACGAUCCCAUACGCAGCGAAAUUGUUGUUUCAAGAGUUGCUUUCUAUGAAUAUAGCCCCUAGGUUGAGGUUGGUGGGAUCAUUGCCGUAUGAUGGUGAUCCAGAGUAUCCGUUCAACAGCGUGUUGAACUCGUUGUUUCCGAUUGAUGCCGUGUUUGAACUAAACACAACCUACGAGGGUAAUGUCACCACUCACAAAUUCACGGGCCGAUAUGCAACCUUUAGUACUAUCUUAAGCUCUGAACUCACUGGUCACUACAAGAUUUUGUCAGAAAAUGCCUGCUCAAGAGUAUCGGUAAAUAAAGAUGAUCAGGAUAAGAUCCUUAUUGUUCCCAGGGGUGAUUGCAACUUUGUCACUAAAAUCUCGAACCUCAUUGAAUCAAAGCCCAGAGCUGUUAUCAUUGCCAAUAAUGAACCUUACAGAGGUUUGCUAACAAUGUAUUCAAACACGUUCAACCAGGACGGUGCUUUGAGUAUACCGAUCGUGUUUAUUACUUACGAGGAUAAGGAGCUACUUCGAUCAGUAGAAAAUGAGGACCUCAUUUUGCAAAUGAGUACAGCUUCCAUUGAUAACUGGUUGAGCAUUUUGCUUUCCAUUAUCGUUUCACCUCCGUUGUUGAUCAUAUUGAUAUAUUGUUUGAUACUAUGCGGACAAAGGGUGAGAAGGAGACAAAUUAAUAAACGCAAUGCAGAGUUGGUGAAAAAUUUACGGGUCUAUGUAUACAACUAUGAUCAAUUGAUCUUGGAGGCUGAUUUUGAGAAAAGUCUCGGGUUGGCUGGGCAUGCUACAGUAGCUGAUCCUACUUUAUCCAAGAAUGCUUCGCAGCCAAGAUUACGUGUAUUGCGUUCCCCUGCUGAUUAUUUCAGGGCGUUCAAAUGCUCAAUAUGUUUGGAAAAGUACGAGCCUUUAAGAUCGAGGGUUUUGGUGUUGGAAUGCAAACACAUGUACCAUCAACAAUGUCUCUCCAAGUGGUUGAUUAAUUACAGAAGAAGCUGCCCCUUGUGCAAUAGCACAAUUCUUGAAGACCGCCUUCUCACCGGUUACGAGGCAACCUAUGGUAGUGUGGAUAUGGAGGCUGGAGUCAUUGAGGGUUGUAGCAGGGAAGCGGAGCCACAACGCCCAGUCAAUUUCAGAAGUAUGAGCAGUCAAGGGCUGUUCCAAAGACCGCUUUUGAUUUCAAGACCGCUGGCGAUCUUGAACUGCUACAACAGUGAUUCUAAUGGAGCACAACUAAGCACCAGUAUCGACUCACGGAAAAAAGCAGCCGCCUUGAGAAGCACUGAGACACCAACAGAACAGUCGCCAGCUCCACAAACUCAAGCACCAACGCCGUUGCCACCUCCAAUACAAACUAAUCCGGCUCAGCAAAAGACUUUGAAGAAUUCUGUUCUAUCGCAAACUUUGGCAUACAACCAAGAGCCACUAUUCUACUCGGAACACGCAGGCAGUGAAUUCAGUUCGUUGAAUGACUUUCUUUCUAUUAUUGAUGACCCUGAGUUGGUUAAUGGCGCAUUGAAUGACGAUCCUAAUCAUGCCUUUUGGGGUAAUGCUAUGGCCUUUUCCCCAAAUAAUUUGUUCACUCAGACAUUUCCAGAGGAUAUCACUCAACAACGACCUCAAGAAGAGAACGGUUUGAGACCCCCUCAUGAACUUCAGUCGCAGCAGCAGCAGCAACAACAACAACAACAACAACUGCAACUAUCACAGCAACAGCAACAACAACAACAACAACAACAACAACAACAACAACAACUACAACUGCAACAGCCACAGCAGCAACUAUCACAUCAACUGCUGCAACAGCCACAGCAGCAGCAGCAACAACAACAACAACAACUGCAACUGCAACUGCAACUGUUGGAUGCCCAGCCACGGGAGGCUCAGCCCGUGAUUUCAGACUCAGCUAGGGACAAGUUCUUUCUUACUGCAGCGGAUCCCACCACCGAGAUUUCACCGGAGGAGAGAUUGAAACAGGUUAUCAAAGCAAAAUUGGAAGCUGGUCUAUUACAACCCUAUAACUAUGCUAAAGGAUAUGCGCGGUUGCAGAGGUAUAUGGACAACUACAUGAAUGUCUCGAGUCGCCAAAGAAUACUAAAACCGUUGUCGAUUUUUCGACCGGCAUUUCGUGCCAUUGCGAGAACACUAAAAGACGUUGACUUAGUGCUCGUUGAAGAGAGUUUUGAGCGGAUGUUAUUGGAUUACGAUCGUGUUUUUACGUCGAUGGCGAUACCUGCUUGUUUGUGGAGAAGAACCGGUGAGAUUUAUCGUGGUAACAAAGAGUUUGCUUCUUUGGUGGGUGUUACAACUGAUGAUUUGAAGGAUGGUAAGUUGGCCAUAUAUGAAUUGAUGAGUGAAGAAAGUGCAGUGAAUUUUUGGGAAAAGUACGGUGCAAUUGCUUUCGAUAAAGGUCAGAAGGCGGUCUUGACCAGUUGCAAUUUGAGAACAAAAGAUGGUAUCAAGAGAAAAAGUUGUUGUUUCAGCUUCACCAUCAGGAGAGACAGGUAUAAUAUUCCAAGUUGUAUUGUAGGAAAUUUCAUUCCAAUAGAUCCUUAG